GUCACCGAAGGAGCGCAGAAACAAGCCACACCGACCUGUUCCCGGGCACACAGCCGGCUCUGGCGAGCGGGACCCGCAAGUCAAUCAUCUAUAAGCGAGGGCCUUGCGAUCUGCCCUAUUGCCCACCGGGACCACAAGCCCGGCGCCGAGACUGCUCUCCAGUCUACGCCGGAUGGCCACCCAGCGCAAGCGGACCGGCCAGGGCUCUCAGCCAUCCACGACACCAACCGCAGAGCCCCAGCACGAAUGCAGAUUUGCCGAAACGAUGCAGGACGGAUGUGUCAAAAUCAACCUGCUCGUCAAGCCUGGUGCGCGCAUAUCGCAGAUCAUGGAUGCGAGCGAAGAGUGUGUCGAUUUGCAGAUUGCCGCGCCACCCCGGGACGGAGAAGCCAACGCAGAAGUCGUCCGCUACGUAGCCGAGGUCUUGGGCUGCAAGCGAUAUCAACUGGAACUCUUGUCGGGAGCAAAGUCGCGGAGCAAGGUCGUCAGAGUCCAGGAUCUAGCUCUGGCCCAAGUGAUCGAGCGUAUCCAAGCCCAUGUCCGAUAAGUCUUGGCCGAUAAGCGAAGCAGAGGCGCACUCCCCAGCGUUCCGUGACGGUGGCUGUCGUCUUGUGCAGGGAGGGCAUCAUCAAGACAUCUAUAUAUUUUUCGACCACAGGACGUCAUCCAGGGCUUGUUUGUGAGUUCAUCGGCAGCCUCAGUCGUCAUCCGAGUCGACAUCGGCAGCAGAGUAUCCAACAAAGCUGGCGGAACCAACGUGCUGGAUCAGAGCGGCGGCAACAGCGUCGUUCUUGGCCAGGCUCUGAGCCGUCUGUCCCGAGUUGUUCUUGAUGGCGACGUCGAUAUCCGAAUGGGUCAGGAGCAAGUUGACUGUGGGGAGGUGUCCGCCUGGAGCGAUUGUGUGGAACAGUCAGUCAGUAUCGCCGGUUCACUGCGAGUAGCAUCCGUACGUCCUGCUGAGACUCAAAUAAACUGGAGUCGCGAGAAGCAGAGCAAAGCCC